AUGCCAGUGUGUAAGAGCUGUCAUGGAACAGAAUUUGAGAGAGACCUUUCUAAUGCUAAUAAUGAUUUAGUUUGUAAGGCGUGUGGUGUUGUAUCAGAAGACAAUCCUAUCGUUUCUGAAGUGACAUUCGGUGAGACGAGCGCAGGUGCAGCUGUUGUACAAGGUUCCUUUAUCGGUGCUGGACAAAGUCAUGCUUCAUUUGGUGGCUCUAGCGCUCUAGAAUCUAGGGAGGCUACUCUAAAUAACGCAAGAAGAAAAUUACGUGCCGUAUCUUAUGCAUUACAUAUCCCCGAGUACAUUACAGAUGCUGCUUUCCAAUGGUACAAGCUUGCAUUGGCAAACAACUUUGUACAGGGUCGUAGGUCCCAAAAUGUUAUCGCUGCAUGUCUUUAUGUGGCAUGUAGAAAAGAAAAGACACAUCACAUGCUGAUUGACUUCUCGUCAAGAUUACAGGUGAGUGUAUAUUCUAUUGGUGCCACAUUUUUGAAAAUGGUAAAAAAAUUGCAUAUUACAGAAUUGCCGUUAGCAGAUCCUUCCUUAUUUAUUCAACAUUUUGCUGAAAAGUUGGAUCUUGCUGAUAAAAAGAUUAAAGUGGUCAAAGAUGCUGUAAAAUUGGCCCAAAGAAUGUCCAAAGACUGGAUGUUUGAAGGACGUAGACCUGCAGGUAUUGCUGGUGCAUGUAUUUUACUAGCUUGUCGAAUGAAUAACCUGAGAAGAACACAUACGGAAAUCGUGUCAGUUUCACAUGUUGCGGAAGAAACUCUACAACAACGAUUAAAUGAAUUCAAAAACACAAAAGCUGCAAAACUUUCUGUCCAGAAAUUUAGGGAGAAUGAUGUGGAAGAUGGGGAUUCUAGACCUCCUUCAUUUGUGAAGAACAGAAAAAAAGAAAAAAAGAUUAAGAGUACUUUAGAUAAAGAGGAAAUGUUUCAAACCAGUGAAGAAGCGUUGAAUAAAAAUCCAAUUUUAACACAAGUAUUAGGAGAACAAGAGCUGUCUUCUAAAGAAGUGCUAUUUUACCUAAAACAAUUUUCAGAAAGAAGAGCCCGCGAUGUAGAGAGAAUCAAAGCCACUAAUGGCAUAGAUGGCGAAGAUGUAUAUCAUGAAGAUCCUGAGAGGGACACUAAGAAACGCAAAACUUCUGGAACUGAUGCCGAAGAAAAAAAAAGAGAAGGAGAAGAAGAUGGAAUGGAAGAGAACAAGCGUCAAGAUAAGAAAUCAAAGACAAACCCAUCUAGAGAAGAUGAGGAAAAAGAAGCUGGUCAUUUUCAAGAUGCCAUUGAUGGCUACUCCCUAAAAACAGACCCUUAUUGUCCUCGCAACUUGCAUCUGCUACCUACAACAGAUGCGUACCUUUCAAAGGUCAGUGAUGAUCCAGAGAAUUUAGAAGACGUUGAUGAUGAUGAGUUAAAUGCUCACUUGUUGAGUGAAGAAGCUUCCAAAUUAAAGGAAAGGAUUUGGAUUGGCUUGAAUGCAGAUUUUUUGCUAGAGCAAGAGAGCAAGCGUUUGAAACAAGAAGCAGAUAUUGCUACUGGUAAUACCUCAGUAAAAAAGAAACGUGUAAGACGUAAGAAUAAUACUAGAAAUAACGAACCUACAAAAACUGUAGAUGCAGCAGCAGCUAUUGGAUUAAUGUCAGAUCUGCAAGACAAGUCAGGUUUGCACGCCGCACUGAAAGCAGCUGAAGAAAAUGGUGAUUUUACAACUGCUGAUAGUGUCAAGAACAUGUUACAGAAGGCGAGUUUCUCUAAAAAGAUUAAUUAUGACGCCAUUGACGGUUUGUUUAGGUGA